AUGCACUUCCUCAACCAAACCCUUCCCAACCCCAGGCUAAUGAAAGACUUUGGUAGGCCCCAAGUAGGAGGUUCACCUUCUUGUAUAGUGCUUNCACCUUCUUGUAUAGUGCUUACUGAUGCAGCUAGGAACUAUGAGCUAAAAACGGUCCAUUACAACCAGCUGCCGUCUUUUCACGGUUCAGCAAGCGAAGAUGCCCUUACCUUUAUCAGAGAUUUCUACGGGAUAGUCCAACACUUCCCGUUGAAUGACUUGACUGAGGAUGCACUGAGGAUGAGGUGUUUUCCAUACACCUUGAAAGAUGCUGCAAAGACAUGGUUCAUGUCUCUCACACCAGGAUCUCUUCGGACAUGGCCGGAGGUGUAUAACAAGUUUAUCAGUAAGUUCUAUUCUCAUGCAAAAACUGCUGAGCUAAGAAGAAAAAUUGCGACAUUUUCGCAAGCUGAUGGUGAACCGUUCCAUGAGGCAUGGGAGAGGUUCAAAAUACUACUCAUUCAAUGCCCUCAUCAUGGCUACCCAUUGGAGCUUCAAAAUCAAACAUUCUAUGAUGGUUUGACUCAAACCAGCCAAUCAAUGGUUGACAAUGCGGCUGGAGGUGCCAUGGGAGAAAAAACGGCGGAGGAAACUUUAACAUUGUAUGAAAUGCUAGGGGCAAACUCCCAACAAAAGAGUAUAAGGGGACGUACACAAGUGCUUACUGAUGCAGCUAGGAACUAUGAGCUAAAAACGGUCCAUUACAACCAGCUGCCGUCUUUUCACGGUUCAGCAAGCGAAGAUGCCCUUACCUUUAUCAGAGAUUUCUACGGGAUAGUCCAACACUUCCCGUUGAAUGACUUGACUGAGGAUGCACUGAGGAUGAGGUGUUUUCCAUACACCUUGAAAGAUGCUGCAAAGACAUGGUUCAUGUCUCUCACACCAGGAUCUCUUCGGACAUGGCCGGAGGUGUAUAACAAGUUUAUCAGUAAGUUCUAUUCUCAUGCAAAAACUGCUGAGCUAAGAAGAAAAAUUGCGACAUUUUCGCAAGCUGAUGGUGAACCGUUCCAUGAGGCAUGGGAGAGGUUCAAAAUACUACUCAUUCAAUGCCCUCAUCAUGGCUACCCAUUGGAGCUUCAAAAUCAAACAUUCUAUGAUGGUUUGACUCAAACCAGCCAAUCAAUGGUUGACAAUGCGGCUGGAGGUGCCAUGGGAGAAAAAACGGCGGAGGAAACUUUAACAUUGUAUGAAAUGCUAGGGGCAAACUCCCAACAAAAGAGUAUAAGGGGACGUACACAAGGUAUGUAUGAAGUUAACUCAAAUACGGGGUUGGAAAUUCAGGUGUCUGAGCUAGCAAAACAAGUGAAGAGCAUGUGUUCUAUGAUGGGUAUGCAGCAAAAUAAUGCAUUUAUGAUUGAUGAAAAUGAUUGUGAGCAGGCCAACGCAAUGAAUAGUUUUAAUCAAAGGCCUAGAAACGACCUGUACUCUAAUUCUUACAAUCCGGGUUGGAAAAAUCACCCUAAUUUUUCUUGGAGUAAUAAUCAAAAUAAUUUUCAACCAGUUGCUCCUCAACCAAAAAAAUCGUCUUGGGAGGAUUCUUUGAAUACUUUUAUACAGACCUGCAAUAGACAGCAAGAAGCGAACGAUCAACGCUUCCAACAGACAGAGGCAUCACUUGCUAAAACUGAGGCUUCACUUGCCAGAAAUGAAGCUUCCAUGAGAAAAUUGGAAGUCCAAGUGGGACAAAUCGCCGAAGCUCUACAAGGCCAUGUGCCAGAAGUGGGACAAAUCGCCGAAGCUCUACAAGGCCAUGUGCCAGGUAAGUUACAAAUCGCCGAAGCUCUACAAGGCCAUGUGCCAGGUAAGUUGCCUAUCGCCGAAGCUCUACAAGGCCAUGUGCCAGGUAAGUUGCCUAAUCAACCUGAAGAAGCUAAGAUUAUGACUGUUCUAAGAAGUGGUAAAGUUAUUGAAAAUAAUGUGAAGGGAAAUACCACUUGUAAACAAUCUGAAAUAGUUGAAAAUUUGAAUGUUGAUAAUGAAGUCAAUAAGGAUGAACCCAAAUUGCAUAAAUCUAAUGAUCCUUAUGUGCCCCCUAAACCGUAUGUUCCUCCCGUUCCAUUUCCUGGUAGAUUGAAAAAUUCAAAAUUUGAUAGAUCAUUUGCUGAGAUUUAUGACUUGUUGUCAAAAGUGAAUGUGAAUUUGCCUUUGUUAGACAUGAUUAAAAAUAUGCCUGCCUAUGCUAAGUUUUUAAAAGAGUUGAACACUAGAAAGCGUAGGUAUGAACAUAAUGAAAAAGUCUUUAUGUCUAAAACUGUAAGUGCUGUUUUGCAAACUGACUUGCCCCCAAAAUUAGAAGACCCCGGUAGUUUCAUAAUAACUAUUACAGUGGGGAAUUCUAAGAAAGAAAAGGCAAUGCUUGAUUUAGGGGCAAGCAUUAACUUGAUGCCAUAUUCUGUCUACUUGCAGUUGGGUCUGGAUAGAUUAAAACCUACUACAAUGUCCCUAGAGCUUGCUGAUCGCUCUGUUAGAUAUCCUAGGGGCAUUGUAGAAGAUGUUUUGGUCCAAGUUGAUAAACUAAUAAUUCCUGCCGACUUUGUUGUUUUAGACAUAAAUAAAAAGUGCAAUCAUGAGCAGGACAUGCCUAUUUUGCUUGGCCGACCUUUUAUGGCCACAGCAAAAACAAUGAUUGAUGUUCAAAAUGGAAAAUUAACCAUGACUGUCCUAGAUGAAACUGUUGAAUUUUCCAUUUUGAAAUCAAUGAAAUUGCCUGAAAACAAUAAUAAUCAUUGCUUUGCUGUAGACAUUUUAGAUUCCAUAAUUUCUGCUGAGUUUUUAGAUGAAUCUCCGUUGAAGGUCGAAACUGAUGAAGAGGAACCUAAUCAAAGCCCAAUAAAAGAGGGGGGUGUUGAAGGAUGUUCACUCGCAGACUGUCUGGAGCAAAUCAAAGAAAAACACCAUCCCUCAGUUGAAGCUGAAGUUCCGCCCAAGCUGGAAUUAAAACCGCUUCCUAGUUCUUUAAAAUAUGCUUUCUUAGGUCCAAAUAAUACUUAUCCUGUAAUAAUUGCCUCUAACCUUUCACAGGAACAAGAAACAAAAUUGCUUGAUGUAUUAAAAAAAUAUAAAAGUGCAAUUGGUUGGACAAUAGGAGAUAUUAAAGGAAUAAGUCCAACGGUUUGUAUGCAUCGGAUCUUACUUGAAGAAGGAGCAACCCCUGUCCGUCAACCUCAGCGCAGGCUAAAUCCGAAUAUGAAGGAGGUUGUACGUGCAGAAGUCCUAAAGUUGUUGGACUCAGGUAUUAUUUAUCCAAUUUCAGAUAGUAAAUGGGUAAGUCCAGUUCAUGUAGUGCCAAAAAAAUCUGGAAUUACUGUUGUUACUAAUGAAAAAAAUGAGUUAAUCCCAACUAGAAUAGUAACUGGGUGGCAGGUUGACAGGGCUAAAAUUGAAGUUAUUUCUAAACUACCUCCCCCUACAUCUGUGAAAGAAGUGCGAAGUUUUCUUGGUCAUGCAGGUUUUUACAGGCGCUUCAUUAAAGACUUUUCAAAAAUUUGUAGGCCUAUGUGUAACCUGUUAGCAAAAGAUGUUGUCUUCAAGUUUGAUGAUGAAUGUUUGUCUGCUUUCAACUUUUUGAAAGAAAAAUUAACUUCUGCUCCCAUUCUUGCUGCACCUAAUUGGGAGCAUCCUUUUGAAAUAAUGUGUGAUGCAUCUGAUUAUGCCAUAGGUGCUGUUUUAGGACAGAAAAUUAAUAAACUGCCUUAUGUGAUUCAUUAUGCAAGUAAAACUUUGGAUAAUGCUCAGGUUAACUAUACAACUACUGAAAAGGAGUUGUUAGCUGUAGUCUUUGCAUUAGAAAAAUUUCGUUCUUACUUGAUUGGUUCUAAAGUGAUUGUUUAUUCUGAUCAUUCUGCUUUAAAAUUUUUGUUGGCUAAAAAAGAUGCUAAACCUAGACUAAUAAGAUGGAUUUUAUUGCUCCAAGAGUUUGAUUUGACUAUCAGGGAUAAGAAAGGAUGUGAGAAUGUGGUCGCUGAUCAUUUGUCUCGUUUGCCUGAUGCAGCUAAUAAUUGUCCUACAUCUGAUAUUCCUAUAAAUGACAGGUUCCCUGAUGAACAGUUGCUUUCUUUACAAAAUAAAGAACCUUGGUAUGCAGACAUUGUGAAUUAUUUGGUCUCGGGUCAAUUUCACCCAGACUUGAAUUCACAAGGAAAAAAACAUUUUCUUUCCAAAGUAAAAUAUUUUUUUUGGGAUGAGCCUUAUUUGUUUAAAAUCUGUCCUGAUCAAAUAAUUAGAAGGUGCAUACCUGAGUUUGAGCAUCAAAAUAUUUUGAAUCACAGUCACACUCUAAACUGCGGAGGACAUUUUAGUGGGAAGAAAACUGCAUUGAAGGUUUUGCGGUCUGGUUUUUAUUGGCCCACUUUGUUCAAGGAUGCAUUUGAAUUUUGUGCUAAGUGUGAUAGAUGCCAGAGGACAGGUAAUAUAAGUAAGCGCCAUGAAAUGCCCCUUUCAAAUAUUUUGGUUGUUGAUUUGUUUGAUGUUUGGGGAAUUGAUUUCAUGGGGCCUUUUCCCACUUCCUUCGGUUAUAAGUACAUUCUUGUGGCUGUUGAUUAUGUGUCGAAAUGGGUUGAAGCUGUGGCUACCAGAACAAAUGACAGUAAAGUUGUUUUGCAAUUUUUGAAAGAUAUUUUUGCCAGGUUUGGGACACCCAGAGCUAUCAUUAGCGAUGAAGGUACCCACUUCUGUAAUAAACUUUUUGCAGGUCUUUUGAAAAAAUAUGGCAUUACUCAUAGAGUGGCUACUCCAUACCAUCCACAAACCUCAGGACAAGUGGAGGUGAGUAACAGACAGAUUAAAGGAAUCUUGGAAAAAACAGUGAAUCCUUCGCGGAAAGAUUGGGCUAUCAAGUUGACUGAUGCAUUGUGGGCUUACAGGACAGCCUACAAAACCCCGAUUGGUAUGAGCCCGUACAGGUUAGUAUUUGGUAAAGCUUGUCAUUUGCCAGUGGAAUUGGAACACAGAGCCUAUUGGGCUAUUAAAUUAUUAAAUUUUGAUUUGCAAAGAGCUGGUGAGAUAAGAAAAUUAAAUUUGAAUGAAUUGGAUGAAAUAAGAAAUGAGGCUUAUGAAAACUCAAAAAUUUAUAAAGAGAGAACCAAAGCCUAUCAUGAUAGGUCUAUUUUGAGGAAAAAUUUUGAACCUGGAAUGAAAGUUUUGUUAUUUAACUCUCGUUUGAGGUUGUUUCCAGGUAAGUUAAAAUCUAGAUGGACAGGACCUUUUGUAAUAGUUGAAGUGUUUUCUCACGGUGCCUGCGAGAUCGAAAAUCCAAAAACAGGUGAAAAAUUUAAGGUAAAUGGGCAAAGACUUAAGCAGUACUUCGAGGGGGAACCCUCAGCCCAUAUUGUUGAACAGGUAGAGUUGCAAGAUUAUGAAUGUCCGUGUCGUCACUAA